GUUGUUUGACAUAUCCAUCGUUACAGGCUUCGCCUCUGGCAGUUUCUUUUUUAAAAGGCAAGCUCAAAGCCACAGAUUUUUUGCUCACUAAACCGUGCGGGCAACAUAACCUGCAGACAGAGCGACAGCGGGUAUCAGUCUCUAUUCAUUCUCAGUUGGAGACGAACAGCCUGCGCGUAAACGGCACCGCGCAUCACUGAAGGGAGAGAAAGGUGGUGUCUGGAUAUUUUCUUUUCUGUUUUUUUUUUUUUUUUUGUUUGCUUGUUUGUUUUUUUACAUUUAUUUAUUUAUUGCUGCAAGGUUGAAGGAAAGCCCAGGGAGGGGAGCAGAGUGACUGUCUUUGUGGAUUGCGAGCAUCGGAAGCGGUGACAUUUGGGACUUGAACGCGCAAGGCACCUGUGGAUGCAACAUCACCCCCUCCCCUGCACCCACACCCUCUGAUGUUUGGACUCAAACCUUUUGCAAAGAAAGGAUUCACCACAAGAUACAGCUGAUAAUCAUCGCGGUUUAGGUCAAACAGCCUGCAGUCUUAGACGAGAAGCGCACUAUGCUGCUGAGUGUGUCCCUCCUGGUCGUCCCCCUGCUGAGCAUAACCGGCUGCGGCUCGUCGUACGUGCCGUGCCAGCCGUGCGAUCAGAAGGCCCUGUCCAUGUGUCCGCCGGUGCCGGUGGGCUGCGAGCUGGUGAAGGAGCCCGGCUGCGGCUGCUGCCUGACGUGCGCGCUCGAAGAGGGCCAGCCGUGCGGCGUGUACACCGGGCCGUGCACGCGCGGUCUCCGCUGCCUGCCCAAGAACGGCGAGGAGAAGCCGCUGCACGCGCUCCUGCACGGCCGCGGGGUGUGCAGGAACGAGAAGUUGUACAAACUGCUGCAUCCGUCAAAAGACAGAGAAUCUCACGAUGCCAUCCUACCCGUCCCCGAGUCCAUGCAGCCCCAAACCAAGGUGCCCAUAUAUGGAAGAGACCACAUCAGCAGUCGGAAGGCACAGGCCAUGAAGCAGGCCAAGGACCGCAAGAAGCAGCUGGCCAGGCUGGGACCCACCAGCAACCUGGACUUCUCACCGCUCAGCCUGGAUAAACUGGAGCCUGAGUUCCAGGGACCCUGCGGGAGGAGACUGGAUAAUCUCAUUCAGAGCAUGAAGGACACUUCUAGGGUCUUGGCUCUCUCUCUGUACAUCCCCAACUGUGACAAGAAGGGCUUCUUCAAGCGUAAACAGUGUAAGCCGUCUCGUGGUCGGAGAAGGGGGAUCUGCUGGUGCGUCGACAGGUUUGGCAUGAAAAUCCCCGGCAUCAACUUCACCGAAGGAGACCUGCAGUGCAAAGACCUCGACAGCAGCAGCAACAGCAACGAAUGAGAGCGACCUGGUCGUACCCGCUGAGCCCUGAUCUUCUUAAAACCUGUCAAUCAAGCUAGCACACUUUAUGACUGCCAAUCAGGAAAAUAUGGCACAAAUACUUAUACAUAUAUGGUCAGGUGUGACGGACUGUGUUGUGUUGGGGUCUUUUAAAGGGGAGCUGAACUGAAAAGCUUGCUUUUGGUGAAAAUCUGCUCACGUAGGUCUUAACUCUGGCUCUCCACUGACUGUACUAUGUUCGAGGUUAGCUCACACCUCACCUCUUUAUAUCCAUAGAUAAUAGAGGAUUAUAUAUAUAUAUUUGUAUGAUAAUGAUAACAUGUUGUGUACUUUUACUCCAAGAAAAGACAAGACAUAUUUUAAAUGUGGCUAAAAAUCUUUUUUUUUUUCAUAUUUUUGUCAUGAUGAUCAACAUGAGAGAAUGACAAUUACAAGACACCAUCGAAAGAGUGAGUCAGCUCUCGUCUAAAUUAGCAAUGUUUAACUAAUUGUUAAUCGCGUGAAUGGCGUUCCGAAGUAAGAAAAACUUUUUAAUAUAUCAAAUAAUGAGUUAAGCCAGGGUAUAUUAUAUUGUCACAUGGGAAAAUCAACUCGUGAGUGGGCGGGAGACGGGCAGAAUCAGCUGACAGCCAUUAAAUAUGCCAUGUCAGGGAAAAGCUUGACAUUUUGGGAAAGAGACGAGAAGAUUGAUACCACUCUCAUAUCAGUCCGUUAAAGCUCAAGCCAGCAGCUGGUUAGCUUAGCUUAGCUUAAAGAGCUUGGCUCUGUCCAAAUGUAACAAACCAGCAUCUCUAAAGCUCACUUAUUAACAUGUUUUAUGUCUUUUUUUAAUCUGCACAAAAGCCGUUUUAUCGGGGGGGGAUUAUGUGCCAAGGCUCCGCUGGUUGCCUGGCAACCACUCAGAGCCAAGAAAUAGAAACCUUGAAACUCAAAAAGACUCAACAUUAAAUUUAGGCAAAUUAAAUGAGAAACCAACAAAAGCAUGCUUAUGACUCAUGUAAAUGUUUUUGCUAGUUAGAGAUGAUUAUUUUCUACAUCUCAAAUCAAAACUCGCAAUGUGACAACUUUGACAUCGCUGAAUUAUCUAAACCUUCGUCAUUGUGUUGCCCUUAGCCGUAACUGUAGCUCAUUAUUCUGCCACUAUCAGAUGAGUCCUGUAUGUUUCUGCUUGUCAAACUUGGUUGUGUGUGUGUGUGUGUGCAUGCUCCUGAGUGUGUCUGUAUGUGUGUGUACUGUACUGUGUAUGUGCCAUGCCCUUAUAGUUCUCAACUACAAAAAGCUCUGGUUUAUAUUCUCACAAGCCCAGCCUAUCCAAGCUACUGUCCGACAAAUCCGGUGCCGUGCAUUUCCCUUUGAACGCAAAUCGUAUGCAAAGGAUCCGUGUUGUUUAUGUUUCCAUCAGUAGGGUCUUCAGUGCCACCACACAGGCAAAUCUGUCGGCCGAUGGUGACUUGCUCUCAGGGUUUAUUGGGUCCUUUAUCCUGCAAAGAGCGAGGUCGCUGAGUUUCUAUGUAAAUUGAAGUGCCUUCUGCCCCACGCCUCUUUGAAUUUUGAUUUGCAUGUGGACCCAUCGUGUCGUUGAAUGAGGGAUAGCACAAAAGAGGAAAACAAUUUCACGUGUGGAUGUGGUCUAAAAGAUUUUUUGUUUGAUUAUGGUUUUAAGUUGGGUGCUGACAAAGAUUAUGGUGAUCUCCCUGUCGAGCGCUGCUGAAUGUACACGACGAGAGGAUAACAUUUUUGUUCUAUAGCUCGUAAAUUGCUUAAGAUCCCUUUCUUGUUGUUAUAAUCUCAAUGCUCAAUAAAUGAUUCUUAUAAUCUCAGACAUUCCUAAUGCCUAAUCUCUAUAUCAUGAUAUUGGGAGAGGGGGCUCUUCAUCCAGUUAUUUCCAAUGAAACCCCUUUGCUGUUGUUUCUAGCACACAUGUAAACACAACACAUUGACACUUUCAGAAUCUCAGUUAAAAGAAAAGAUUAAUGUGAACAUUAUGGUGAAAUAUUUAUCAGGCGUGAAAUUGAUGUACUUGUUUUUUUUGUAAUAACAAAUCACUAUUUAAAUAAAGUUCAUGUACUCACAAAAA